UAAAUUCUGAGCUAAGCAGCCCCUUAGCUGACCAAUAAACAUUAUAUGGUUUGAGUUCUUGUUGGCAAUAAAUCUAAUUUUCUUUUCAUAUUUCCGUUUCCGUUCGUAAACGUCACUCGAAUUUUAAACUUUGAAUUUCAAACCUAUGAUCCUAAUUUUAUUUUAAUGUGAGCGGAAGGCUUUUUGUUUUUUUUUUCAAACCCGUUUACUUACCUUUCCGUUUCGCAAAUAACCUUCGCUUCACUUUGGCAGUUCCGCUUCGUAAACUAUAAUAUUUGUUCAAAGCUUUUCGCAUAUUGCUUUAAGACCUGAAAUGAGCAUCAAUCGUGUGAAUGAGCACGUUAUGUGUGCGUAUGUGUUAAUGGGUUGAGUGGGGUUAUGGUUUUGCGAUUACUGGUUUGGACUCGUCAGUUACUCCAUUGCUGAAACGCCAGACACAUUCUACGGAAAUUCCCUUCUACCGUUGUAGUGAGCAGGGCUAUCAUUGAAAACCGGGUUUCAUAUGACGCUUGUAUUUUUGUAUAUUUUCUCUUUCUUCCUUCUGAUUAAAAAUAGCACCUCUCAAAAAUCCCCACGCUGUUAAAUCCAAAAUGAGGGUCUCUGCAGUCAGCUGUACAGAACGCGUUUGCACUUUUAGUGAUACAGUUGGAAGCGCAACCGUGCGCCAGUGUUAUAUUAAACAGAUCAUCAUCAACAAAUAGAAACACGAGGGAGGGGGGAACCAGUGUGUUUUACAAACAUUCCGGCAAAAUGCACGUAACCAUUCGCAUGUGUAGCAGACAAGUUGGUGGAACAUUUGGAUUACUGUGUUUGGGAUAUCUGCUUAUAAUCACACAAAUGAUUGUAGCAUCUGCUUCAUCUGAAGGAAAAACGGCCGCGGAAACACCUGAUGCACCGUAUGAAACACAAACGGCCCAAUGUACGAUCACUUCUGGGGAUAUUGAAGCUAGUGCACAAGCUUCAAUAAGCAAAACCCUUGUAGGGGUGUGUGGAACAGACGAGAUGCUGGAAGCAUUUCGAAUGCUUGAGAUUAAAAUGCUGGAAGAGAUAUAUAAUCUUCGCAAGAUGAUACGCGACCCCUAUUUUAACCCCCCGCCGCUGCGUCCGUCCAUUUACAAAUCAAUAAGAAAAUCGGCAACGUCAUCUAAUACAUCGUCCAACACAACAUUACCCCAGUCUAAUGCGGAAAGAUCCGAAGGAUCACGACUUACCGUCACAGAGUCCAACAAAAAGUCUGAGCCUACGAUACUGGCAACAACAACCCCUUCUUCGAAAGUUGUCUUUCCUGAUGACUACGACGACGAGGACGAAGAGGACAGCCAUGAGUUUUCCAACAAUGGCCCCUUGAAGGAAAAUAGUGAACUUGUGAAGAAACUAUCGUCCACCGGGUUGAACAACACUUUUUCAGCGUCUCGCAUUUCACUCGAUGAUAGAAUGUCUUCGCCAGCAGCUCCACCGAUCGAUUUUAAACCCAUCGACAAGCCCAUCGAACAGAAGUUCCUAACCGGAGGAUUGCGAGAUUAUGAGGUUUACCGGUUCAACAAUACCGUGAUAUCUUCUGGAGACGCAAAGGUAUUCAAAUAUUUUUGGAAAAUAGAACACUUUAUGCAGCGAGUUCGUUCUGCCUCGAACAUGGUAGGAGCUACCUUCUCCAGUCCGGUGUUUGUGAUUUCUGGUUUAAAUCUUCGACUUCAUGCUAAAAUUACAACGAAAUCCGUUGGCGAAAUAUUGAAUGUACAACUGGAGCAGCUAUCAGCAUCGGAUGAGGCAUUGCGGAAAACUCCGAACGUUAUUCUAGCUUCUGGCGUGCUCUAUGGACAAAUGGAAACACAAAAGUUUUUCCGUCAUAAGAUAAUGAUCCUUAAUCAGGAUAAACCAUUUAGCGAUUUGAUUUCAACAGAUCUUACCAAUACUAAUGCGAAAUUUGAAGCUCCGCUAACAGCGUUAACGGCUGAACCUUACCUUAAAGAUGACAAGUUGCUAGUAAAGGUUAUAAUUUUUCUGUAGGUGAAUUUAUGUAAUUAAACAGAAAGUAUACGAACAAGCAUGGGAAAGAAUCGAACAAUUUGUUGUUAUACAAAUAUAUUGCACCGACAGUGAUUAAAACCAUGUCAACACUAA